AUGUAAAAAGUGCAUAUUGCUGCCUUUACAGACGACAAAGUUUUUAUUAAUUUACUCGAUGUAUUUAUGAAUAAUUUAUCAUUUUUAGAAAGAAAUUGAAAGACAUGUAAAGGAGUAUUUUGAAAAGGAUCUACAUAAUAAUGAGAAUAGAAAUUUGACAUCCAAUAAACAAAAGAAUAAAUAAUAUUAUUCAUUCUCUAUCCUUCAUAAAAAUAAUGUUAUUGUAAAGGAUCAUAAGAAAAUAAUUCUUAAAACAUUUAGUAAUAACACUAAAUUUUGUGAUAUCAAUUAAAACUAAUUUAAUGAUAUUCCAUUAUCUGAAAGGCUUAACAAAAGAUAUAAUAUUGUUUAACGGAAUUGUUAUUUUGGAGUUAAACCAUAAACUUAGUAAACUUAGAGAUCAGAAUUUAAAUCAAUAAACGAAGAAAUAUUUUAAUCUGUACCAAAUAAAACAUAAAAAAAUAAUAGAAUGGAUAUGAUAUAAGAAAGAAUUGACAUGUAUUUAUAUUUUAAUUUAAAAAGUUGUAAAGAAUACUUAGCUAAAGAGUAAUAGAGAUUGAAGAUGGUAGAAGAAUAAAUAGAAAAAAAUCAAUUUCUACUGGAAGAACUAGUUUAAGAACUUGAAAUUGUGAAUAGCAAUAAAACAAUCUUUAAUUCUAUAAAGAAUUUAGAUUAAUAAGUAUAUAAAAAUGAACUUAAUUGUAUUAAUUACAGAAAAGUUACAUAAGAGCUAUAUGAAUUUAUCCAAUAAAUUUAAAUAAAGUAUUUUAAGAAAUAACAGGAAUUUAUUUAUCCAUUUAUUUAGAAUUUUAAAAAUGAAUUAAAUUUUAUGCUUCAUGAAUAUGAAUCAUAAAUUUAAUAAAAUUAGGUAAAAUGA